AUGAGCGUUGAUCAUCAUCCCCAACAGCAUCACCAAGCCCAGAUCCAACAACUGCAAAUACAGCAACAACAAAUGCAGCAAAUGCAGCAAAUGCAACAACAACAGCAGCAGCAGCAAUCAGAUACCCCACAAAGACAAGUUUCGUUCAACGUUUCUGAUCACUAUCAAAUUUUAGAAAUUGUUGGUGAAGGUGCUUAUGGUAUCGUAUGUUCAGCCAUUCAUAAACCGUCUCAGCAAAAAGUAGCCAUCAAGAAAAUCGAACCAUUUGAAAGAUCAAUGUUGUGCUUACGAACAUUACGAGAGCUCAAGCUUUUGAAACAUUUCAAUCACGAAAAUAUUAUAUCGAUACUUGCCAUUCAACGACCAUACGACUAUGCCCAUUUCAAUGAGAUUUACUUAAUUCAAGAAUUAAUGGAAACUGAUUUACAUCGAGUAAUACGUACACAAACUUUGACUGACGAUCAUAUACAAUAUUUCACUUAUCAAACAUUACGAGCUUUGAAAGCUAUGCAUUCUGCCAAUGUGUUGCAUCGAGAUUUAAAACCACUGAAUUUGUUACUCAAUUCCAACUGUGAUUUGAAAAUUUGUGAUUUUGGUCUUGCUAGAAGUAUUGCUUCACUGGAGGAUAAUUUUGGGUUUAUGACAGAGUAUGUUGCCACUCGAUGGUACAGAGCACCAGAAAUUAUGUUGACUUUCCAAGAAUACACCACUGCCAUUGAUGUGUGGUCAGUAGGGUGCAUAUUGGCGGAGAUGUUGAGUGGAAGACCAUUGUUUCCAGGUAGAGACUAUCAUAAUCAAUUGUGGUUGAUUAUGGAGGUGUUGGGUACACCAAACAUGGAAGACUAUUACAAUAUCAAAUCAAAACGUGCAAGAGAAUACAUCAGAUCAUUGCCAUUUUGUAAAAAGAUCCCGUUUGCGGAAUUGUUUAAAAAUGUCAAUAACGCACCAAUAAAUCCACUAGCGUUGGACUUGUUGGAGAAAUUACUCAUAUUUAACCCUGCUAAACGUAUCACUAUGGAAGAUGCAUUGAAGCAUCCAUAUUUGCAAUUGUAUCAUGACCCUAAUGAUGAGCCUGUUAGUGAAAAGAUUCCUGAAGAUUUCUUUGAUUUUGAUAAAAGAAAGGAUGAAUUGACCAUAGAGGAGUUGAAGAGGAUGUUGUAUGAUGAAAUCAUGAAACCUUUGUAG